GUCUCGAAACUAAAUAACAGAACUCUUUUGUAGCUCUCCUCCAUUUCCUUCUCCCAUGGCCUUCACAGUAUCAGAUGAGAUACUGGGAACCUUUGUUCCUAUCGCUGUGUACUGGAUAUACUCCGGGAUCUAUGUCGUGUUAGGUGAUUUAGAGAACUAUCGAUUGCACACGAAGGCUGAGGAAGAUGUGAAGAACAUUGUCUCCAAAUGGACCGUUUUCAAGGGAGUCCUUGUUCAGCAGGCUUUCCAAAUCGCAGUUUCACUGCUCCUAUUCACUGUCAUACGUGAUGAUAGUGGAAUUGCGAAGCCUCAACCCUCCCUGCUCGUGAUAGCAGUCCAGUUCUUGGUCGCCAUGGUGGUCCUUGACACAUGGCAAUACUUCAUUCACAGGUACAUGCACAUCAACAAGUUCUUGUACAAGCACAUCCACUCCAAGCACCACACCCUGGUCGUGCCCUAUGCCUUUGGAGCUCUAUACAACCACCCCUUGGAGGGUCUUCUGCUCGACACCAUCGGCGGCGCUCUAUCUUUCCUCGUCUCCGGCAUGACUCCUCGGACCGGCAUCUUCUUCUUUUCCUUUGCCACCAUCAAGACUGUGGACGACCAUUGCGGACUAUGGCUCCCUGGGAACCUCCUCCAUGUGUUCUUUAGCAACAACAGUGCGUAUCAUGACGUCCACCAUCAGCUCUAUGGUAGCAAAUACAACUUCUCACAGCCCUUCUUUGUUAUGUGGGACAAAAUUCUUGGAACCUACAUGGCAUACUCACUCGAGAAAAGGAAGGAAGGAGGUUUCGAAGCCCGGCCCAUCAAAGAUUGAUUAGAGCUGUGCAUUGGAAUUCUUCAGUUCCCCCUUUCUAAUAUAUUUGUAAAUGAAUCCUUGUGACAAAUGCCAUUCGUGGGAUGCCAUUUCUUAUUUUUGCAUCGCAUUUUAAAUAAGAGGACAAAGACCUGCAGGAUAAUAGAUAAAAAAUGUUUUUAUUUCUCGGUAUGAGCUAGGAUUUAUUCCCGGAAAACAUGGAAAUUAUGGUUUUGCUUGAUUGAGCAUUCAUCUCCCAAUGAACUCUCUUUCAGGUUU